AUGAAUCCAACGGGAAACAUUCCCAUCGUUGAGAUGCCUGGCGGGAAGAUUCUCACACAAAGCUAUGCCAUCCUGAGACAUUGGGCACGACAAUUGGGUGGAUAUGACGGAAACUCCGAAGAUGAGAAAUACUGGGUCGAUGCAAUAUGGAGAACGCUUUUUAUUAGUGCAUUCUUCUCGGACAAUGCGAAAGUCGAUUAUCCUAAGCACCAGCAAGGCGACAGGGUUCAUUAUCUGAAAGCCAUCGAGACUCACUUGAAGGGAUCGGAUCUAUCUCAAAGGGGACCGUUUGUUGCUGGUAAAGAGAUCACAUAUGCUGACCUGGUGCUAUUCCAACUGCUUCAUGACGAGAAUUUUGAUUCAGGAUGA